CAAUCGAUUUUGAUAUGCAUUUAAUGGAAUCACAGCUGAUUUAACCCAAUAUCGUUUUUAUAUCCAAGUGAUCGAAGUAGUCAUCCUUCAGGUUGCUGAAAUUCAAUAAUAAAUAUACGAUUGGAGAUUGUGAUAAAAAGCAUAACAUUUGUGAAAUGAAAGUUUUAACCGCAAAUGAAAUCCGUGGGGCUUUUCUAGGCUUCUUUAAAGAGAAGGAUCAUCUUUACGUUCAUUCAUCUAGUACAAUACCCUUAGAUGAUCCCACUUUACUAUUCACCAACGCUGGCAUGAAUCAGUUCAAACCAAUAUUUUUGGGCACGGCAGAUCCAAAUAGUGAAAUGGCAAAAUGGGUUCGUACCACAAAUACUCAAAAGUGUAUACGAGCCGGUGGUAAACACAACGAUUUGGAUGAUGUAGGCAAAGAUGUGUACCAUCACACAUUCUUUGAAAUGCUUGGCAAUUGGUCAUUUGGAGAUUAUUUUAAAAAAGAAAUAUGCACAUGGGCUUGGGAAUUCUUAACGGAACGUAUGAAACUGCCGAAGGACCGCUUAUAUGUUACCUACUUUGGUGGAGAUAAAGCUUCUGGGCUUGAACCCGACCUUGAAUGCAAGCAAAUUUGGUUAGAUCUCGGGCUAUGCCCCGAGCACAUCAUACCAGGCAGUAUGAAGGAUAAUUUUUGGGAAAUGGGAGAAACUGGACCAUGCGGACCUUGCUCCGAAUUGCAUUUCGAUAGAAUUGGUGGACGUAGUGUACCCGAACUCGUAAAUGUAGAUGAUCCAGAUGUUUUAGAAAUCUGGAACUUAGUGUUUAUACAAUAUAACCGUGAGACAGAUGGGAGUCUAAAACCAUUACCAAAGAAACAUAUCGACUGUGGCAUGGGUUUCGAAAGAUUAGUGUCUGUAAUUCAAAAUAAAAGAUCCAACUACGAUACUGAUUUAUUCUUACCGCUCUUCAAAGCCAUACAAGAGGGUACAGGUGCACCAGAAUAUGCAGGUCGUGUGGGUGCUGAAGAUGUGGAAGGUAUAGACAUGGCAUACCGUGUGCUGGCAGAUCAUGCCAGAACAAUAACCAUUGCACUCGCUGAUGGUGGCACGCCAGAUAAUACCGGAAGAGGAUAUGUACUUAGACGGAUACUUCGCCGUGCUGUAAGGUAUGCUACUGAGAAACUAAGUGCUAAGCCCGGCUUCUUUGGGUCACUAGUUCACACUGUGGUAGAUUUACUUGGAGAUGCGUUUCCAGAGGUACGAAAAAAUCCUCAACAGAUAAUUGAUAUAAUUAACGAGGAGGAAGCACAGUUUUUGAAAACCCUGUCGCGCGGUCGAGAUCUUUUCAAUCGUACGGUAGCUAAAUUAAGUAACCAAAAUGUAAUUCCUGGUGAUUUGGCCUGGAAGUUAUAUGACACAUAUGGAUUUCCGGUUGAUUUGACUCAAUUAAUGGCUGAAGAGAAGAACCUUGAAAUCAAUAUGGAAGAGUAUGAACAAGCGAAACAAGCUGCAUACAUUAUGUCACAAGGAAAGAGCACUACAAAAGCUGAUGAAAUCGACCUAGAUGUACAUGCCAUUUCCGAGUUGCAAUCUAAAUCCAUUCAAAUCACAAAUGAUUCCUUUAAAUACAAAUAUGAAGCUGAAUCCGAUGAAUUGGAUUCACCUUACAAAUUUACUUCAUGCACUGCCAAAAUACUUGCAUUACGUUUUGGGAACCAAUUCGUGCAUAAGAUAGAAGCUGGUAGUAAGGCAGGAAUCAUUUUAGACCAAACAAAUUUUUAUGCAGAAAGUGGAGGCCAAAUAUAUGACAAGGGACUAUUUGUUAAACUUAACAAUAUCGAUGAUAAAUUCAUUGUUGAUGCUGUUUAUAACCGCGGUGGUUACAUUUUACAUAUUGGGGUAGCUGAUGGAGAGUUCAUUGUAGGCGAUGAAAUCGAACUUAAAAUCGAUACUGAGCGGCGUUGGUUGACCAUGAAGAACCAUUCCGCCACUCAUGCUCUAAAUCAUAGCUUGCUUCAAGUUCUAGGCAAAGAGACUGACCAGAAAGGAUCAUUAGUUGUACCAGAUAAAUUGCGUUUUGAUUUUAGUAGCAAAUCUGCUAUGACAAUCGAGCAAGUAGCAAAGACAGAACUAUUAACACGAGAUAUUGUUUAUAAAAAUGUACCUAUAUACGCAAAAGAAACAAAGUUGGCCAAUGCAAAGAAGAUCCGUGGACUACGCUCUGUUUUCGAUGAGGUCUAUCCAGACCCAGUACGUGUUAUAUCGUUUGGGGUGAAUGUUGAAGAACUUGAAAGUAAUCUCGAUAGCGAUGCCGGAGAGAAAACAUCAGUAGAAUUUUGUGGCGGUACGCAUUUACAACGUUCGGGUCAUAUGAUGGAGUUUGUAAUUACUAGCGAGGAAGCAAUCGCUAAAGGCAUUCGACGUAUCGUUGCACUUACUGGUCCUGAAGCAGUAAAAGCUUUAGAGAAAUAUGAUCAACUUCAUAAGCAAAUACAAACAUUAAAAACUACAAUUGAAGAUGAUAAAGAUGGCAAGAACUCUAAGAACUAUGUGAAACAAAUUGUCGAAUUGACCGAAGAGGUGUCUCAAGCUAUCAUACCCUAUGUGAAGAAAGAUGAAAUGCGCAAUCUGCUAAAGCAAUUAAAAAAGACACUCGACGAUAAAGAGCGGACAUUGAAGGCUGCUGUUUCUGUAACAGUAAUUGAGAAAACAAAGGAAAUUUGUCAAGAAAACCCCAAAGCCACAUUGUUAGUAAAGCAAUUUGAGGCUUAUAACAAUACUAAAGCACUCGAUGGUGCCUUGAAGCAAGUUCGUGCCUUAUGCCCUGAUGCAGCUGCUUUAUUUUUUUCAGUUGAUCCCGAUUCGAAGAAAAUAUUCUGUUUGGCUUCAGUGCCAAAGAGUGCUGUGAAUAAGGGGCUAAAGGCCAACGAAUGGGUGCAGCAGUUGAGUGAAGUUAUUGGUGGAAAAGGAGGUGGAAAACCUGAAUCUGCUCAAGCUUCUGGCACAAAUUACGAAAAUGUAGAUGAGGUCAUACGUGUAGCUACAGAAUUUGCAAAACUCAAAGUUGGUGCUUAAUAAAGUUAUUAACCUAUAAGGAAUUACUAUUUAAAAUUUGAGAAAUUAAAAUUGUGCGAUAUAAUUUAUUUCAAAUAUUUUAUUUUUUGGCUUUUGCAUUUAAUAAACAUAUGCCUUUCUUAUACCAACAUUCGAAAGUAAAA